UCGUUCUUGUCCACGGGACCGCAGCCUUUUCCUUCAGGGUGUACCACGAGUCUUUUUCCCAGAACCAUGAAACUGUACGUGUUGUGCGCCGUAUUCGCCCUGGCGGCUGCCCAGCCGGCCAAGAACGACCUGUGGAAGGGUAGCAGCAUGGACCAGAUGGUGGACCAGACGAAGAUCGAGUGCGCACAGAAGAACGACGAGGUCUCCUGCAUGAAGUUCAAGGUCCUGAACCUCCUCGAUCAGAUCUUCCGCAAAGACAGCUUCAAGGUCUCCGAAACGGUGGAAGUGACCCGCAACUCGAACCCCGUAGAAGAGGUAACCGGUCGCAGCGAGGCUUCCCUGCUCGACAACGUGCAGACCUACCUGUCCUCUCACGACGUGACCUUCAAGCUGCCCAUGGACUCCUCCGUGAAGGUGAGCGCCAGGAACAUCGACGACGAUCAGCUCACCUUCGACGUGAAGUUCGGCCAGGGUCGUGCCGUCGAAGAGGCUCGCAAGUCGAAGUUGAAGAAGGUCGUCAUCCCCAUCCUGGUGUUCGUCCUGCUGAAGGCUAUGACCCUGAUCCCUCUGGCCAUCGGUGUCCUCGGUCUGAAAGCCUGGAACGCUCUGCAACUGUCGUUCUUCAGCUUCAUCGUCUCCGUCGGUAUGGCCAUCUUCCAACUGUGCAAGAAGAUCGCCGCUGACGGACACGGUGCCGCUCUCGCGUCCCAUGGACCAUGGGAGUAUCAGGCUCAAUACAGGUCCUUCCAGGAACAACCCGCUGUGCAGUACUCCGCUCAGGAUCUUGCGUAUGCUGCGCACGCGCAGGCGUAAGGAUUCUUCUUCUUCGCGACUUUUGUAAAAUACCUGUCUUCCUCUCCUCUGUACGCUUUAUUUAAUAAAUUAUUGCUGCAACCUUA